AUGGCGCCAAAACCAGCAAAAGGCUCAGCUAUAAGAGAUGCGGGAAACAAGAACUGGGAGGCAGCUCUGACAAGUGAACACUUUGAAGAGGAUUCAUGGAAGGCCUGUGUGUCUCUGGUGGUGGAGACUUCCCCAAAGGUUGAAGUAUUGAUCGCAGCACUCUCUGCAGCUGUGCAAAAACCACUGCGGAAACUUUUCUCACUCUUGACCUGGGACGACACCCAAGCUAAGAUUCAUGAAUUUGGUAAUCCCAAGAAUAAGAAACGUGAUAAUGUACUCAAGUUCUCUGAGGUUACAGAACCAGCAAAGAUGCUACUAGAUGCCGGGGAGGAGAUUCCCGUAGAUCUUCUGGCAAAACUAGUAAAAUUUCAAUUGCUGCAAAUUAAAAUCAAUGAUCAGCAGAGAAGACAAGCUGAAAUGGUUAAACCUUCAGAGGAGAAGGCCAGAGAGCCUCCUCGCUCUGCUACUAGAGAUAAAGAUAAAGGAAACGGUAAAGACAAGAAGGGAAAGCCACCCUCUCCUGUACUGGAGAAAAAGACCAAGCUAAAACGCAGGGAUGAAGUGGACCUUCCUAACUAUAUUGAUGAUGAGCCGGAUGAUGGUCCCCAGCAUUACAUCCUGAUAGUGGGUUUUUAUCACCCACAUUUGUUUAGAGCACUUGAUUCCAUAGGCGUACAGAUAUCCAAUGUCAUUAAAUUAUCACAAGAGACAAAAGAGCAACAGACUACUCAGAGCAACAAGGAAACUGAAGACAUACCUAUAAAGGACACAGAAAAUGAAGAUGAAGUUUGCAGGAUGAGGCUUGCUGCUCAGACCAAGAGGUUGGAUGACUUCUGGUCUGGUCUGCGCUCUCAUUUAGAUGGUGGACCUCCUCACUCAAAGCUCCAUGAUGUGGCUGAACUCAGCUACAGCACCAGUCUCUCCUCUGUCAAUAUAAAAGAGCCAGAAGCUAUGCUAACCUUUGGAAGCAGUAUUUUUGAAGGUGUAGCAUGUCUCAUCUAUGACACUCUGGACUGGCGUAGGCAGCAUCAGCGCUAUCUGGACAACUUGAAAAUUAUUGAUGUGCCCAAACUGACCACACCAGACCCACAGCCCGUUGACCCAGUAGUGUCCACCCCUCUCGACCGCUCUAAAAAGAAACUAGCACAUGAAGACAGCCUUUUAACACAAGAAACUAAGGCACUCACUACUGAUGUUGACAUGUCUCACUACACCAAACUACUGGACACAGUUCCUCCUGAAGCCUGCUCUGUCCCCCUUGUGUUACACUGCAUACUCGAACAGGUUGUUUUGACUUCAGACCCACCUGCUCCUGCUCCCUCUGAAGACAAAGAAGAAUCUACAGAUUAUAAAGGCCCAUUCUUAGACCAGCAGUUGGUCAGCUGCAUGCUCCAUGAAUUCCUUCCUCUAGUUUACACAGAAAAUGAGAAAAGCCACUUGCUGAACAGUUUGAUUGCCAUGGUGACUACAAAUGAGAAUAAAAAAAGACUUUUGGAGCAGUAUGGGACAAAUGACGAGAAAGCGACAGAUCCUCAGGUUUUCAGACAUCAUGAUGAAAGGGCCCUACGCUUGAGGAACUGCAAAGCCGUGGAGAAGUUUAAUCCUAUGGAGGCGGAGGAGAACAUGCUGAGGUUGUCUCCAGUGUUUAACCUGAUCCAGUCUGUGUCUCAGCAGAAGAAUGCCUUCUGCUGGAUGGCCAUCAAACAGCAACUACAAUACUACUGCACUAAUGAUGUUGUCCCAUGGCCCGAUGUGGAGCGCUUGUUUGACCAGAGUGUGUUUGAGAGCAUGCCCCUGACUCAGCUGGACCAGAGGGGAGUGCUGCUGAAACCCAAUCAACCGCUGGACUCAUUAGGAUCAAGACAAGACUCCACAACCGCAAUACCCUGGGACGACCCGCUGUCUUUUGCUAAACAACAGCUCUGGCAGCUGCAAAACCUAGGUCCAGCAUUUGUGACUGAAUAUCUGACUAACACAGAGGUCAAUAAAGAUGUCCCCAUUCAUCUGAAGCUAUCUGACAUUCAAAGUUGCAGACAUAGAUCAUUAUUUGACUGGCACUAUACUGAACACCACAAUGCUGCCAUAUUUCCUCAGGUUCUUCAAGAAGCCUCAGAGCAAUAUCUCUGCUUAGACACUUUUCAGGGAAGUAAUAAAAAUAUUCUGUACAUUUAUUGUCACAAUCUGAUGAACAAGAAUCGCCAAUUCAAGGAGUCAUGGGAUGUAACUCUACACACAAAUGUCAAGUUCAGAAAAUAUCUAGAAAAUGUUGCAGAUAGAAUUUCUGAAUGGACAAGGGAGGAGGAGGCUAAGAGAGAGGCAAUGAUGAAUAAAACUGUUGCAACAACAAAAGUGGAGGACAUAGCACCAACUCCAAUCGAUAAUGUGCAGGAGCCACUCAUCAGAAAAGAAUCUCUCAAAGCAUGGAAGCUGGAACAAGACAGGCUUAAAGAAGAGGAGUUAGCCAAAAAAAACAAGAAAGAGCCAGUACAGAAGGACAAACAGGCAAAAGAGGAGACCGCUGCUAAGGACAAGAAGCAAAAGAAAGCUCCAGAAAUUGCGAAGAAGGGCAGAGUGGACACAGCCAGUUCAGCCAAGACACUCACCGACUCCAUAAAAGUGGAGGAAAAUAGAGAAACCAAGGAAACACAAGAAGAGUUUAAUGGGUUUAUAGGUUAUGACAUGGAUGGAAAGUUGAUUCAUGUUUCAGGAAAUCUUCAUCAUCUUUACCCCUCAGAUGGAGGAUGCAUCAUUGUUGAGACUGCCAGCUAUGUUGAAGGUUCCAGUCUCAUGAAAGUUGCUGUUAAAAAGGACGGCCAUAGUUUCUACACACAUAUAAGCCACAUUAUUGAAGAGUUGACCCCAGCCCCUCAGCAUACUCAACCCAACGAGCCCAUUACACCCAAGGAGGAAAACAAAAGAACUGUUAAAGUGAAGCAGGGCUCUCUCACCGCCAUGUUGAACAGUGGAAUCCGCCUUUCUUACAGUUUCUAUGGUCCAACGGGACAACACAGAGAGGAUACUCAAGAAUCAGAACAUCCUGAGACUUCAUCUAAUAAAAAUGUUAAUCAUGACCUCAAGGAUACGCAACCAGGUUCACAAAACAAGCCCCAGAGUACAUCAAGUCCAACUGAAGCACCAGUAGCUCAGGAAGUUGAAACUGGGUUAGUCGCCCCCUGUUGCUCAUUUAACAGCCUCAGUGUAUCUCUCCCCAAUUGCCUCCUGCUGCAGUUGCUAUGCGAGGAUUCACAAGGUCAGUGUGUACCAUCUGAAGAAGUGGGUAUGCUGGUCAGACAGAGCUUCCCUUUGAGCAAAGAGAUUCCUGAUUUGUCAUUGUCUAAAGAAGUGUCUCGUCUGAUCACAAGUCAAGGGGCUGUAGUCCGCAAUAUGAAAGAUGGCUCCACUGAGGUUCUCUUUGCAGAUGGGUCUGUGAGUUCCAGUCAGGAUUCAGGUCCUGUCUGGGUCCCUGUCUCUGAUACUCAUAACACAACUCAAGAAACCAUGAAUGACACAAAAGAACGAAGCCUCGCACAUAAUAAAGAAAAUGAAAGAGGAUUUUGGUCAACAACAACGCCAUCUGGAGCCCGUAUUAGCACUGUCGGUACUAGCCACAAAUGUUUACCCACUUCACCGCUUCUAAUUUUUAAAGCUACAGACCCAAAGACCAAAGAGGUGAUGCUGACAAGGGAGGAUGGAGUGGUGUCUGUUCAAAACCCCGAUGGAUCGAUGAUAGUGGAGCACGCAGACGGGACCAGGAUCACCAGUCUAUACGAAGAGUCUCUGCCCAUACACAAAGGAGAAAGGCCUAAAAGUACAACUCUCAAGUCCUCUUCUGCUGAGUCUGAAGUGAGCCUGAACAAUCACAGUAGUGAGAACACAGACUCUGCUUAUUUAGAGCUGGGGAAUAAGGGAAGAGCUCACACCACCAUCUAUGAAAACAGCCACGAGAGUUUGUCUGACAGUCGCAAAAGCAGCUCAAGUGAAAAUGAGUGCGUGCCCAUGAAGGAGAAAGUGGUUUUAGUGGAGAAGGAGGGCUGUGCCACUGUGGCCAUGUACCCGGACCGCCACAUGGCUCACAUCUUCCUGGCAGAUGGUACUGUCAUCACAGGGAACAAUGAAGGGGCAUAUCAGGUUUUCCCAAAUGUUGUUUCAAAUGUGGGCUUACUCCAGAUCCACAGCGAUGGAAAAUGCAUGUACACCUCUGACCCGCUUGACACGCACCGACCAGGAGGAGGCGCCACCGUAAACCAGUGUGGGACAUACACCAUGAGUCACCGCGAUGCCGUGGCUUGUGACGUCACGGAUCAGGAGGGGAACCAUUUUCAGGUGAUGGAAGACGGGACCAUAUCUGUUUUAAACCUCAGUCCAGCUUCUGGCACAUUUGGGAAAGAUGAUGAAGAAGACUUAGAGAUGGCUAGAUCAGAAAAACGCUAUGAACACAGCCCAAGGCUUUUUAUUGCACAUGAGAAUGGUUCAGGGACUGAACUGCUCCUCUCUCAGAAAGUGGAGGAUCUACUUUUUCAGGCGUACUCUGAUCCCACUGUGGCCGUCAUGAAGGAACCACUGCCCGACAGACAAGAUGAGUUUGGCAUUACCAUACUGACGCCUGGUCAUGAGAGCGUGUGGUCACAGUGGUUAUUAGCCAAACAAAAGUCAGACAUUACUCCUCCCAACCUCAGAAACCGCAGCUGGAACGACUUCCCCAGAGCAGAGAAACCAACUGCCGGUCCUCCCUUUGGCACAGACAUGGGUAGAUGUCUGUCCCUCACUCCCAGGUGUGAUGGUGGUUCAGUGACGCAGAAUGUUCCAGUGAGGAGUUGUCCCAAAGUUUUGGAGAUGAGGGAACUGCAGCAGCACCGACCAUUCACAUCUCCUCUGAGGAACAAUCUGGACACACAACUCAAGGAAUACAUUGAAAGUUUAAUGGAAAAGGAGCAGCGAUCAGAACAGAUGAAGAUUAAAGACCCUCGCUCAGAGAAGGAGCACGGCCAUGCCAGUGAUCUGCUUCAUCUUGUUCUGUCUUUUGCAGAAGAGGAAGAUUUAUCACAGAAUAUUAGUAGUCUUUACAUGCAAGGGAUUAGUGGAACAGUUGAAUCUGAUCCUUCUGAGGAAACAAGCACACUGGCAAGUGAAAGUUUUGCCAUUGGAAGUGAUUCACAAUGGUCCGGGAGGCUUGCAAUGUAUAGACAGGAGCUAUUAGAGGAGAAAGCAUGCAAAGACGCUUUGAGAAAGAAAACUAUUGUUCCUUAUUUCCAUUUAGAGAACCUUUCACUUUAUGAGAGUCUACUCCAUCAAGAAUUAUCGAACACAAGGAUUCAAGUUUCUUCAGUGCCCCCAAAACCUGACAUAGAGAGAAAAGAAAAGACCAAGAAAAGACCCUCUCCAAAACCCAUUAAGUCAAGAGCCUCUUUGUCACCAAGCCCUACAGCGUUGAAGAUUUCAGCCAAAACCCCUAUUGACUCUCCUCAUCAGGCUACAGCUGAGAGCAAUCUGAAGACAUCUGUGCAAUACAAAUCUGUCACUGUAGAUGUGACCGGCCAACCCAGAAAAUCUAAAGUCAGAUUGCCAACUUGUAUCAAGACUACUAAACCCAGGAGUGUACCCAAUCACCAGUUUCUGUCUGUGGAGGAGCCAGUGAGGAGAAAGUGCCGCACUGUUUCUCUGAUAAAUCCAGAGUGUGUAGUGAGGGGCUUCCACCUCCACCCACCCCGUGUGGACUUUGGCUCAGUGCUGGAGGGAACUACCUCCUCUGUCACGGUGCUCAUGAAGAAUGUGGGUGUGGACACAUGCAGAUUCAGUAUCAAACAGCCUCCUCCGUCUACAGGUCUUCGUGUUGUCUACAAUCCUGGGCCUGUGGCCGCCGGUUUGCAUGUUGAGAUACAAGUUCAGCUGCUUGCCAUGUAUUCAGUCCAACCUGGAGAAACUGAGACGAGGAAAUCACUCUCUCAAGACAUCACCAUCCACACUGAGACAGAUAUAAUCUACCUACCUGUCAUUGCUAAUAUCCUUUCUAUAACCUAA